CCAUGAUCGCUCAUGAAGUCUUGGAAAAAGCGGUCCCUGUUGUUUAGUGGUUCUGGUCAUGGCUCGCGGUAGUGAGAGCGAGUGCGUAAAAGUUUUGACUAGCGCGGAAUUGCGGAACUUGCUUGCGAUCACCAGUCCGGAAGAUCAAAAAACUACAGUCUGCUAUAGGCAGACACAGAGACUCGUACGCGUCACACUCGGUGCAUGCGCAGGGUGGUGAAAAGCAUCGAGGACGCGAGACUUGCUGGUCUAUGAUCGCGUUGGACCCUUUGGGACUAGUCGCGGUCUUAUCGAUAGUGCCCUGGUCCGACUGCCGACGAAAAAAGUGAUUUUUCCGCCAUCCUUCGCAGCUUCUCCACAAGUACCAUUGCCCACCAACAAGAUGGGGAAACGUCCAAUCUCUGAUGUUGUCGCCGAAGAUGGCGCGACCACUAUACCCGAGCUCUCAAGGAAGAAGAGCAAGAAAGACAAGAGCAAGAAGCUUAGCAAGACCGCUGAAAUCGACGCGACCGAGACCAACGGCAAUGUCGAAGCUGUAGAGGGCUCUGAAGAUGACGAGAAGCUUUCGAAGGCCGAGCGCAAGGCGGCAAAGAAAGCAAAGAAGGAGGCUAAAGAGGCGAAAAAAGCGCUGAAGGCUGCGGCGGAAGACGAGCCAGCUGGCCAGACUGCGGAAGAGAGCGAAGAAGCCAUCAAGGCAGCAGAGAAGGCAACACGGAAGGCAGAGAAGAAGCGCUUGAAGGCAUUGGCAAAGGGCGAAGCUACCGAGUCUGCGUCCUCAUCGAAGCCUUCAUCGGUCCAAGCCAGCGCCGAGCCUACAGCAACGAGCGCAACCGCGACCGAAUCGGGCGAUUAUGAGGAGAGCAAGGAGCUGACGCAGCUUCCUCAGGCCGAAGUCGACGCCUUCCUUGCCAAAAACACCAUGACUAUCCAAGACCCCAAACCCGCCGCUCGCGCCCUACGACCCAUCCUCAACUUCAAGUACCUCCCAGUCGACGAUGCGCAACGCGCCUUCUUUGCCAAGUUCAGCGCCCCUACACCUAUACAAGCAGCGACCUGGCCAUUUUUGCUGUCAGGAAGAGACAUGGUUGGUGUCGCUGAGACAGGUUCAGGCAAGACACUGGCAUUCGGUGUACCCUGUGUGCGUUACAUCGCAGCGCUACCCAAGGACAAGCGGAAGGGUAUUAAGGCUGUCAUUGUUUCACCCACGCGUGAGCUGGCUGUUCAGAUUUAUGAUCAAUUGGUGGCGUUGGCUACACCAGCUGGACUGUCCGUAGUCUGCGUAUACGGCGGCGUGCCAAAAGACCCUCAAGUCGCUGCUUGCCGUAAGGCGCACAUUGUAGUCGCUACACCGGGUCGUCUCAACGACUUGAUUGGUGAUGGCUCUGCGGACCUCAGCAAAGCUGAGUACGUAGUCCUUGACGAAGCUGACCGUAUGCUUGACAAGGGAUUCGAAGAAGCAAUUCGGCAGAUCAUCUCGCAGACGCCCAAGAAGCGUCAGACUCUCAUGUUUACUGCUACGUGGCCACCUUCCGUUCGGGAUCUUGCAUCCACCUUCAUGAACUCGCCAGUCAGGAUCACGAUUGGUGACAAUCAAUCUGGCGAACUCCGUGCCAACGUGCGCAUCAAGCAGCUCGUAGAGGUACUUGAUCCCCAUGCUAAGGAGCAGCGCCUGCUGCAGUUGCUCAGGCAAUAUCAAUCUGGCAAGAACAAGGACGAUCGUAUCCUUGUGUUCUGCUUGUACAAGAAGGAAGCAAUGCGCAUUGAAAACUUUAUCCGCAGGCAAGGCUUCCGCGUGGGUGGCAUUCACGGCGACCUAAGCCAAGAGAAGCGCAGCGCCUCACUGGCAGCGUUCAAGGAGGGCCACGUGCCGCUCCUUGUCGCUACAGAUGUUGCUGCACGAGGUCUUGACAUCCCCGCGGUGAAGGUUGUCAUCAAUGUCACGUUCCCAUUGACAGCUGAGGACUAUGUUCACAGGAUCGGUAGGACGGGUCGUGCCGGAAAGGAGGGUUUGGCGAUCACGCUUUUCACGGAACAUGACAAAGCACUAUCCGGAUCGUUGAUCAACGUCCUCAAGGCAGCAAACCAGCCCGUACCAGAAGAGUUGAUGAAGUUCGGUACGACUGUCAAGAAGAAGGAACAUGGUGCAUACGGUGCCUUCUACAAAGACACUUCAGACGUCAAGGCCGCUACUAAGAUUACUUUUGACUAAGUUGUAUGGGUCUGGGCAUGUGUUGUUAAAAGCGGACUCCGGCAUCUCGUAAUGAAGCUGGUCGGCGAAGUAGAUGCCGCAGGCUGCAGCUGCAGCGAAGAUCGGAUUUUAGACGCAGGAGCAUUCCUCUAGCGGAGGCGUUUCGGAUCAUGCAAAGCAAAAGUUCCGGUAGUGUACAUUGUACAGAUCGCGAUGUGUUUUCCCGAGCUUUAGUCUGGCUAGUUUGCAAGCUAUCUUGUUGUUCGUAAUUGAUUAUUUGAAUUCAAUCUUGGGCUGAAGAGAUGCCCAAUCCCAUAGCUUCCGGAAUGCUACUAUCAUGCC